UAUACUAAUAAGUAGAAGAAAAAACCAGUGACACAAAUUUGUUUUGGAGUGACAAAACAAACAUUCCAAAAACCAAAUUCCAAGAAAAAUACAGGGUUUUUAGAAUCAGUUUCAGGGUUUUUCUGUUUUAGAACUGUGUUUCUGAGUUUAAUUGUCAAGUUUUUUUUUUUUUUUUUACUUCCUCAUGUUUCUCUCUCCUUCCAAUUUCUCUCAUUUUUGCUCCCAACAACUCAGUUGCCGUCUUUCACCAGCGUCUAAUUUCUGUACACAUAAAGCUUCCUAUGGAAUUUCAUGUUCUUUAGAUAGCACAACAAAUUAUGAUAUCAAGAGGUUUGAGGAUGCCAAAGAAAAGAUCAGAAAGAUGUUUCAUAAAGUUGAGCUUUCGGUAUCAGCUUAUGAUACAGCCUGGGUAGCAAUGGUGCCUUCUCCUGCUGCUCCAACUACGCCUUGUUUUCCAGGGACCGUAAAUUGGAUACUGGAAAACCAGCUCCAUGAUGGCUCUUGGGGCGGCGUUGUUCAUCAUCAUGACACUUGCCUACUCAAAGACUCGCUUUCCUCCACCUUAGCCUGUGUCCUCGCGCUUAAUACAUGGUCUGUGGGUGAAGAACAGAUGAUAAAGGGCCUUGACUUCAUCAUGUCAAAUUUUGCUUCUGCAAUGGAUGAGGAACAGCAUUCUCCAAUUGGCUUUAAUGUCAUAUUUGCUAGUAUGAUUGAAAAAGCUCUUAAAUUGGAUGUAAAUUUCCAUUUAGCACCCUCAGAUAUUGAUGCUGUGAUUCAAAAGAAGGAUUUAGAGCUCAAGAGAAUCCAUGGAAAGAACUCAAAGGCUAGGAAUUUCUAUCUGGCAUAUAUUUCAGAAGCAAUGGGGAAAUCACAAGACUGGAAAAUGGUAAUGGAAUAUCAAAGGAAGAAUGGCUCUCUGUUUAAUUCACCUUCCACAACAGCAGCUGCUUUUUCUGAGCUCCAAGAUACAAAUUGUUACAGCUACCUGUCUUCAGUCUUGAAGAAAUUCGGAAAUGCAGUCCCCAGUAUACACCCAUUUGAUGCAUAUUUCCGGCUUUAUAUGGCUGACGUCCUUCAGAUCUUGGGAUUGGAUAGGCAUUUUAAGGAAGAAAUUACUUCUGUCUUGAAUGAAACUUUCAGACGGUGGGAGCAAGGUGAUGAUGAGACAUUUUCUGAUGUCGUUACUACUACGAUGGCAUUUCGGCUGUUACGUGACCAUGGAUAUGAUGUCUCUUCAGAAAUGUUGGCCGUAUAUCAUGAUGAAGACUGCUGCUUUCAUCAAUUUGGAGGACACCUGGAAGACGUUAGAUCUGCUUUAGAACUUUUUAGGGCAUCACAGCUUAAAAUAUAUGAUCAUGAAUCUUAUCUAGAGAAACAAACAUCAAAUUCAAGGAUCUUUCUUGAUAGAAACAUCUCUGAACAUUCCACACAAGCAGACAGGUUUAGCAAAAAUCUCAUCAAAGAGGUAGCUGAUACCUUGAAAAGUCCCUACCAUGCGAGUUUAGAGCGCUUAGAAAGCAGAAAAUUUAUCGAACGUGAUAACUUGAAUGAUGUACGGGUUUUUAAGUCUUCUAUACGCUGCACUAACUUUGGUGAGGAAUUUCUCUUACAACUAGCAAAGAAUGACUUCAGCUAUUGCCAAUCCAUACAUCUUCAGGAAUUCAAACAACUUCAGAGAUGGCUUUCAGAGAGUAAAUUGGAUCAGCUGACCUUUUCUAGACAAAAGCUUAGCUACUGCUACUUCUCUGCUGCUGCAAGCCUUUCCUAUCCUGAACUAGCUGAUGCACGCAUUUCAUGGGCCAAGAAUAGUGUUCUGACUACUGUGGUCGAUGAUUUCUUUGAUGUCGGAAGCUCUGAAGAGGAGCAACUAAAUCUUAUUCAGUUGGUCGAAGGGUGGGAUGCAGAUAAAAGGACCCAAACUUGUUCCAAGAAAGUUGAAAUCAUAUUCUCAGCUCUCAGGGACACAAUAUGUGAAAUCGGAGCUAGAGCAAUCACAUGGCAAGGUCAUAGCAUCACAAAACACUUGGUUGAGAUUUGGCUUAAUCUCGUAAAGUCAAUGUGGAAAGAAGCAGAGAUGGUGAGGAACAAAUCAGUACCUACAAUGGAAGAAUACAUGGAAAAUGGAUAUGUAUCUUUUGCCUUGGGACCGAUAGUUCUUCCAACACUGUAUUUUAUCGGUCCUAAGCUAUCUGAGGAGAUUAUAACAAGUUACGAGUACCAUAGUCUAUUCAAGUUGAUGAGCACUUGUGGGCGUCUCCUCAAUGAUUUCCAAGGUUUUCAGAGAGAAGCAGAGGAAGGAAAGCUGAACGCUGUGUCGUUACUCAUCCUACACGGGAAUGGAACUGUCAGCAAAGAAGACGCAAUCAGAAAAAUAAGACAUGCAAUCAGUGACAAAAGAAGAGAGUUACUUAGAAUGGCAUUGCAAGGCAAUGAAGAAAGUGUAGUUCCAAAAGAUUGCAGAAAGGUUUUCUGGAAAAUGAGCAAGGUGUUGCACCUAUUCUACAUGAAAACUGAUGGGUUUACAUCUGAGGACAUGGCAGGUGCUGUAAAGGCGGUUCUUUAUGAUCCCAUUGAUGAAAUAUAACAAGGAUUAAAUAAAUCAGGACUCAAAUAUUCUUACAUUAGCAAUAAAGUGGUAAAAUAAACUCCAAGACCUAUUUUUGUUCAA